AGAGAUUCUCCCCACCCAUUGGCUGGGUCCUGUGAUUGGCAGCUCGCAGACCCACCCCACCAGGCUCUGCACAUGGAUCAGUCUGGAAUGAGAGCCCCAGCAUCAGAGUGUGGAGUGGAAACAGGAAGAGGAGGAGAGGGGGAAGAAAGGAGACAGAGGAGAGGAUCGGGCGAGACAAGGUGGUGAGGAGUGAAAGGGAGGAAAAAAGGGAGCAGAGGGGCGUGAGGACCAAAGAGAAGGCAAAAACAGCUAGUGCAAGAUGAGUAUGCCUAAUUAAAGGGAUCUGUCACUGCACGGGCCUGAUGCCUUUUUAUUCCUGAUUGACAACACCAUCCAAUUUGGACCAGCGAGUCUGUCUCUCUCCCAUUUUUCUGUGCUCAUUGCGGGGCUGCUUUUUGCUCUCAAGUGUGAAGGCCCUUCAAAAUAAAGACCAAGACUGGUCCUUCUUGUAGGGCCUUAUCAAAUAAUGAAUCAACAGCUAUACCGAUUUUCUGAGCUGCAUGUAUCACCCAGCAGAGCUGUAUUCCGGCCGUAACACAUGGGACUCCUAUUCAGCUGGAGGACUUGACAGAGGACAAUGGGCUCCUGUAAACGGUCAACCUUGGAGCCAAACACAAAGGUUUCAAGGUGCACGCAAUCAAUCACAUCAUCCACCAUCAAGUCGUCUUUAUGAACGAGGGGAGAGAAUCAACUAUGUUCAGGACAAGCUUAUAUCGCGGGGGCACAGACAAUAUCAACAUGUCUGGGAUAAUAAAGAGCACCCGUUUGAGGCCCACAACUGGCAUCACAACUCCACACGCACAUUCCACAACCGACCUGGCACCAAUAGCAGUUAUCUAACAGGACCUGGAGAGCGCUACACAAACUGGGAUAACAGUGUUAGCAACUCUGUGCAAGGAGGUCCUCGUCUGCAUCGCAACAAAAGAGAUCUCCAGUCUCCACCAGAGAGAUGGCCCCCAUCGGACUGCCGCAGGGGCUUUCAAGACAGAAUGAUAAACAACAGACCAGGGCCCUGGAAACGACCAGCUCCCCACCAGCGUCGAGACCAACUCCACCAGCAUAAUCCACCCCCACACCUUCCAUUACCCCCUAGGGAGGAGUGUAUAGUUAAGAGGAGGAGGGAGUCUAACCCCAAUCAGCCAUCACAUCCUCAGUCAAGGCAUUUUACUUUGCUUACCCACACCCUAUCACCUCCACGCCACCACCGCAACAACCAAGAUGACUGGAGGCCACUUAACAACACAGACGAUCCUUGCCACCACCCUGACCACAGGACUUCAUUAACAAGACAACAGGCAACCUCUAAACUGCGAGCUGGAGGACACAACUUCAGUGACAGUACCCUAGCAGCUCCAAACCAGAGUUGUGGCAGCAGACCCCCGCAUCAUGGAAGCAGAGGAAAGGACGAUCGGAAGACCUCGUCCUCACCAGCAGACCACACCCGUGUGCCUUACAGCGACCAAAACCAUCAUUGCCACCAUCAACGGCACACAGGCCACGCCAGAGACCCACAGCACAACGUCCCCUUACCCCCGCAGGAGGAAAAAGACUCGCGAAGCCAUCACCACAAGCAAAGCACAGAACCUCAGCGCACUCAUUCAAGAGGCAACUCAAAGGAUCAAGCCCUUUCCAAGUCUUCUGGUGCAGACUCUCCUCCAUAUUUAUCAAUUGUACACAGUCCUAAAGAUGGAGCGUCAUCUGUCAGCAGUCUGCAUGCUCCCUCUAGUCCUUCAUACACGGUGAUCAGUAGCAGAAAGGUCCCUCCAUCAGUCCCUCGUUUAGGUAGCCUUGACUGCACUGGACAACAAAAACUUCAGGAAAUUCCUGCUCAUACUCCGAGACAAAGCUUGACAUCGACCACGUCUCCUGCAGUUCAUAAUGAUGGUUCAAAAUCCAGGUUUUCAGACAUCAAGUACAGAAAGUCCUCAAAGCCCCUCUGCUCUCGGCUAUCCCCACACAACAGAUCAAGAGCAAAUAAGCCUGAGGAAGAGUCGGAAGACCACAGAACACCUGAGUACAAGCAAAAAGAUAAGGUGGUGAAAAAGGAGGGAAAAGACAAGAUUCAAAAGACGAACAGAACAGAAGAAGGCAGAAGAAGAAGAAAGCAGAAGAAAAAAGAAGAGAGGUUGGGUGAAAGAAAAAAGAAGAGAGAUAAAACUGUUAAGAAGGAAAGAAAGUUAGUCUCAAAAAUCACAGAAAGUGGAUCGUUACCAAGCUCUAUGGGGGAGGACAAGCUAAGAAAAAAGGAGUCUCCAACCCAGAUACAUCCGAGCCAGGCACCACCCAAACGGAAGCACAGAGAGAAGAAUGAACAAGCUGAAAAGAUGUGCAGGCCACCUGAAAGCGCCCCUCAGUCCAGCUGCACUUUAUCACAGCCAUCGUCAAAAUCUAAGAAUCUUAAAAUGUCCAGUGCUCGAAAGCUCCCUAUCACAGACCAACUCAUGCAAUCUAAACCCAGGAAGUGCAGGCCCAGCCAAACCAGCAAGAAGGCUGCAAUUGUUUCAUCUAGAUCAGAAGACAGACCGCGAGGAAAAGCUAAUGAUUCUCUCCCUUCACUCCUGUUCAAGGCUUUAGCUCCACUCAGCACAGCAUGUUCUGUUAGCUUAGAGCAGCCCGUCCAGGGCAAAAACAGUGGACAGGGAGGAGUCCUCAGUGCGCCGGAUCUCCAGCCGAUGACUGUGAUAGGAAAUUUGAUGGAAAUGGGAGACAACCUCGCAAAUACCCCUCCUGUUCUGAGCUGGCAGGGCUCCCCAGUUUCAGAUCUGGGAGAGGAUGAGGAAGACCUAAAAAAGGGAGUGAUAUGUAGACCUGUCCUUCAGCCUAGCCCUACCCAGUGCUUUUCACCUCCUCCUGUAGAGAGCGAAAGCAUAGAUGAUCUAAAUAAGGAACCAUGUCAAACUAUACCAGCUGAUGAUUCGCUUGAUAACACAUCUGAACUUUGUAACCUCCCUUGUGCAACUGAAGAUGUUUCUGAGGAUGAGGAUGGGGAUGCUUCCAGCUCCCUCUUUCAUGAGCUUUGCCACCAUAAAACAGAAUUAGGUGAUGUUUUCCAGAGCCUUGCCACUUUUCUUGGAGGGCAGAGGGUCCCUUGUCGAGGUGGUCCAUUUGGAGGAUCUUCUUCUAGCAUCAAAUGUUCCUCUUCUCUUUCAUUUGAUCCACAACAUCAGGACUUUUCCACACCAGAUCCCACAGCAUCCUCCUGUAAUCUGCUUCACACUACCUCAGACACACAUUUGGAAUCACACAGUCCAACCAAUGUGAGUGAACCUCUCAUAGGUACACUGGUCCAGGAGAAGCAGGAGGCGACUGAAAAUAGUUUAGAAAGGAAACAGGAGCGUAAGAACACAGAGCUUCUCCCAGGGAGAAUAGAAUCGACUUUGUUGGACAGGUCACUAAGUGCAGAGCUGACCUUGACCACUACAAAUCCAGCUUCACUUAGUCGACUGCUCACCGUUUCCACAAAGGACGAGAGAGAGGAUGCCACACAGGCAGAAUGCAUCCAUUUAGAUAGAAAAACAAAGCAGAAUUUUAAGAUUGGAGAAAUAAAAGGAGAAAUUAAAUUCAAGACUGACGAAAGCCAUGUUAUACAUCAUAAAAACAGGGUAUAUGAGAAAAGGGAUUUGGAAGAAGCUGAUGUUUUAUCAUUGAUACCAGUCAUCUCUAGAACCUCAGCAAUAUCUUGCGAAGAAGCUGCAAAGUGCCAGACUUCUCAUAAAGAUAAAACCCAACUUGUCAAAGACAACCAAGAAGAAAAGGUGGAUGCUGGUAACACUGAGGUAAAGACAGAGAAGAAGAGAGAGGUCUGCGGGUUCAGAGGCGUAAACACGCACACCGAGGCCUUACAUUCAGCUGUAUCACUUACUUCAUCCAAACUGUGCAUCUCCACGCCAGCAGGUAAACCUCCCUGUACAUUAGCUCCAGUGGAUCCACUGAAACUCAAAGCCUUGUCUAUGGGCCUGCAUAAGGAGUUAAAGAUUGUCCUGAUUAAAGUGGAUAACAUGGGAAGACAAACAUUCAACAUAUCGGAAGUGGAGGAGCAACGAAUCCCACUUCCCAAAAUGAACAUUGAAAAUACAGCCACUGAAGUGGUCAAAGCUUGCAAGGCAACAAGGGUGAAAGGGAAAUUCAAGGAGUCGUACCUGCUUUCAUCGCUGUCUGUUAAACCUAACAUUGCCAUUCAGAUCCCCAUUCCUCGAGAAAAGCUCAAUCCUCCUACACCAAGCAUUUAUUUGGAGAGCAAAAGGGAUGCGUUUUCUCCAGUUCUACUUCAGUUCUGCACUGAUCCCAAAAACGCUGUGACUGUCAUCAGAGGUCUCGCUGGCUCCCUUCGCCUUAACCUUGGUCUGUUCUCCACCAAAUCUUUGGUGGAAGCCAAUGCAGAUCAUGCAGUGGAAGUAAGGACUCAGGUUCAGCAGCCGGCUGAUGAGAACUGGGAUCCUAGUGGUUCAGCACAAGCGUGGCCCUGUGUGAGCAGCCGCUCACACACAACCAUUGCCAAAUAUGCUCAGUACCAAGCGUCCAGCUUUCAGGAAAGCCUGCAGGAGGAGAAGGACAGUGAGAAUGAAGAGGAUGAAGAGCAAGACAAGACUUCGUACACACCAGCCACAACAAAGGCUUGUCUGACAUUAGCCGACUGUAAAGGCGGCCUCACCCCAACUACCAAUAUGGCCAAUUGUGCGCCUGUCUUCAGCAAGGCCCAUUCUGUCCAUUCCACUAGCACACCCAGUUCAGAGCAAAAGUCCUUCAGGAAGAUUAUUAAAUUUGGGACCAAUAUUGAUCUUUCAGACCCUAAAAGGUGGAAGCCGCAGCUGCAAGAGCUGCUGAAGCUGCCAGCCUUUAUGCGAGUGGAGUCCAGCAACAACAUGCUCAGUCACGUGGGUCACACCAUCCUGGGCAUGAACACUGUCCAGCUCUACAUGAAGGUGCCAGGAAGCCGCACACCAGGUCACCAAGAAAACAAUAAUUUCUGCUCUGUCAACAUCAACAUUGGGCCUGGUGACUGUGAGUGGUUUGCUGUCCAUGAACACUACUGGGGAGCUAUCAACAAGUUCUGUGAGAAGCAUAGCAUAGACUACCUGACAGGGUCCUGGUGGCCAGUACUGGAAGACCUCUACAGCUCCAACAUUCCUGUGUACCGCUUCAUUCAGAGGCCAGGGGACCUGGUAUGGAUUAAUGCAGGGACUGUGCACUGGGUCCAGGCAGUGGGCUGGUGCAAUAACAUCGCCUGGAAUGUGGGACCCCUCAACUCAUACCAAUAUCAGCUAGCCUUGGAGCGCUUUGAGUGGAAUGAGGUGAAAAAGGUCAAGUCAAUCGUUCCCAUGAUCCAUGUUUCCUGGAAUGUGGCUCGCACUAUCAAGAUCACAGAUCAGGAUACUUUCAAGAUGAUUAAACACUGCCUAAUGCAGUCCAUCAAGCAUAUCCAGAUCCUGAGAGACCAGCUGCUUGCUUCAGGGAAGAAGAUUUGCUACCAGAGUCGUGUGAAAGACGAGCCGGCCUACUACUGCAAUGAAUGUGAUGUGGAGGUGUUCGACCUGCUCUUUGUGACCAGUGAGAACAGCAGUAAGAAGACGUAUGUGGUGCACUGUGAGGACUGCGCCCGGUCCAAGAACACGUCGCUGGCAGGAGUGGUGGUGCUUGAACAGUAUCGGAUGGAGGAGCUGAUGAGAACCUACGACAGCUUCAUGCUGGCUCCAUCGCCUGUUUCAAAGUGAGGACUCCUCUGAGGUGUCUUUCAGCCAUAACCAAAACUCUAAUGGCAGCACAAAUGUUGCCUUCAAGGCAAUCUAUUCCUGCAAACAUUUUCUGAAUCAGCCAAUCACAUUUGCUCAGUAUUGUUUACAUCACACAAUAAGGUAUGGAUACUCGGCCAAUCCAACUAUAGCUCACCGUCUUCCCCAUACCAGCUGCUGAUUGGACGAGCGUUUAGAAAUAGAAUGACUAGACUGGUACGUCUUAAGAAAAGCAUUUCUGACAUGUACAAAAAAAGUGAGCAUUGCUAGCACUGAAAAUCAGGUUAUAUGUUCAACGGACACUGCUGUGAUUCAAAAGCGUCAAGUAGCCGGUUCUGUGUAUUAAUUCAGGUACUUUUAUGCAAAUUCAGUAGAACUUUUUUACACCAAUCUAGUUAUUCUAUAUGUCCAUGAAUUUGCUGUGAUUCUAUUGUACCAGCAGGGGAAUCGCUUCACAGAAGAAGUAGCUGAUUGUCACACUUGGCAUUGUACUGGGUCCUGUUUUUGUUUUGGUAUUCAGGUAAACUCUGACAUUUGUGACUCCUGUCUGUAAAAUCUCUGAGGUGCUAUUCCAAGUGUAUUUAUUCUCGUUAGAUACUUAAAAGUUUUACCAGCCUAGAAGUACACCACAUUGGCCUUGUGAACUGUAUUUAGAGGAGAGUUAAUUAGAGGAUUAAACACACUCGAAUAAGGUUUUAUGUAAGUAUUUUAAAAAAACAAAGGGAGUUUCUCUAAAAUACGGGUUUACUAGAGGACUAAUAUGGUUUCAUUCUUAGUUGGAAAUCAAAAUGGAGGUCGAGAAAAUUACUGUUACUUCACAAGUCCAGCUAAAUAGUUGUCAGUGUGGUUUCUACGAUACAACUAGAAAACAAAGUGUUGUUUUUAUUUUUGAAAUGGGGAAACAGUUCCGGUUUUAUACCUCUUUUUUGUUGCAACGUUCUUGUUUCUAGAUGACAGAGAAAAUAAAUAAUUGUAAAUUGUGAAUGACUUUAUGGAAACAGCGGUGUGCAUAGACGGGCUACAGAGGUGGGGAGUCACCAUGGCUGUUUGCGUCAGUGAAGUGCCUGCUACGGUCUGACAGAGAUAAUACGUCCAAAGAGACACACAAUCAAAACUGUUGCGAUGCAAAAGUUAGUGAGGGCAUGAUCAGACUGCAGGACACCUCCACCACCACCAUGUAUUAAGUUCAGGUUCACAUCACAACAAGUCCAGUUGUUUUCUUCCUUUUUCAUCCACAUUUAAUUCUUACAUUUCUCAAAACAAGCUUCAAAAUAAAAUCUCUUAUUUUGUUGACAGUCCAUGACGACAAAAGCGUAAUUUGACUUUAAAGUCCACUUACCAGACUGCUGUUCUUGCAUAUAAAGCUUCAUAAUUUACAAUCAAAACAUCAGUGCUCUCUCAGGUGGAAAAACUCCAUAAUGAUGGCAUCGCUUCUAAACAGGAGUGUUUUAUCAGCUAUUGGCCCCGAUACCUGCAAUAAGCUGCCAUCAGCUGAAGUAUUGGUCCAGCGCUACUUCAAAGUACAUAAACAAGCUACAUAAAGUCUAAUAACCACUUACUGUAUUACACUGGACUGCAAUCACACGUACAGCACUGCUUUAGUUAGGUUUUACUUUGUGUCAUCCGUUUGAAUGUAAUCCCCCCCAAACGACAGCUCCGCCGCGCCCUCCUAGUCUGUGCACACCAUUUUAUGUACAUACUGUAUCUGUUUGCAGGUUUACUAGCAAACCCAUGUAGUUCUGUUCCUAAUCAAACAUCUGAUUUGUAUAUGGUCAAAUACUGUACAUCCACUUGAGAUGUUCGUUUCCGUUGUUGCUAUAUUAUUACAACACACCCCGAAAUCUCCCGUUUCACUCUACUUUAAAUUACUGCAAUGGGAUUUUCUUCCCACUUUUAUACCUCUUUUGUUGACAGUUACUGGUUUUUGGACUACAGAGAAAAUUGUAAAUUGUGACAUUAUUUAUACUAUACAUGGUUGUUUUCUUAUAUAUUUAUUGCAUAUCAAGGGGUACUUCACUUGAUAAGGGGCUACAAGGUAUUUUAAAAGUGUUGUAUAAUCCUAAUGGAUAAGGGAAGUGCAAUCAGGGGGUGGUUUAAUUUCCAUGGUGCUAGACCCCUCCUUGCCUCAAUGCCCCCUCAUUAAAUGGUAUAUAAUAAUGUAUUAAUAGAAGUCACUGAUACAACGCAGAACAGCCGGUGCUUAGAACCAUUUCACCACGGUUUACUGGUCACAGAAAUGGAAUGAUGUCUUUGUACUGUAUCAAACAGAUUAAUACAAGAUCUUUUUUAACUUUUUGCCAUUGUAUGAAAUUCAUAAUCUCGUGAAGGCAUUAGUGGUUUUAUGAAGAGCAUUAGCAGUAGUUGUAAUUCUUGACACUUUUGCAGAGACUUUUAGGGACGUGUAUUUUCAUGGCAUCAGGGUUUUGUUUCAUUUUCUGCGUGUGUGUUGUCUUGUCCGUUUAUUAUUAUUGUUAUUAUUAAUAUUAUUUGAAGGAUGUGAUGACUCUCUAUUUCCUCUUGACUUUGUUUGAUUUAUGCUGCACUUAUUAUUUCAAAAAAAGAAGUCACAUAAAAGAUAACCUGAGCCAGACCUGUCUUAAAUCCCUCUGUGGUUUUCUGUGACAUAUUGUAUUGUUGUUCAAGAAAAUAAAAUGUUUUGAUAAAUUAUUCAA